AUGAACGGCUCGGUGCCGGGACCCCUGCUGGUGGAGCACCCCGACGAGUGUGUACCCAACAACCCGCUGCAGUUCGUGCUGGUGCCCGUCGUCUACUGCCUGGUGCUGUGUGUGGGGCUGCCGGGCAACCUGGUGGCCUUGCUGGUCUUCCUGCAGAGUGGCAAGGUGAGGAAGGCCAUCCGCAUCUACCUCAUCAACCUCACGCUGGCCGACAUCCUCUUCAACCUCACCCUCCCCCUCUGGAUCCACUACUACCUAGCUGGGGGGGACUGGCUGCUCUCGGAGGCCACCUGUCGCCUGGCAGGGGCCGCCUACUACCUGGCCACCUACAGCGCCAUCACCUUCAUGGCUCUCAUCAGCUUCAACCGGUUCUGCGCCGUGCGGGCGGCGCGGCGGCUGCUGCCGCUGCCGGGGCCCCGCGGUGCCGCGCUGGCCUGUGCCCUGGCCUGGCUGCUGGGGCUGGGCUGUGCCGUGCCCACCCUGGCCACGCACCAGACCUUCCCCGGCCUCGCCGGGACCACGGCCUGCUUUGAGCAGCACGGGCGGCAGCGUGGCUACGCCUACGCCAUGGUGGCUUUCUUCUCCGCCGCCUUCCUGGUGGUGCUGGGCGCCUACGCCUCCAUCGCCCGGGCGCUCUCGGUGCCCGCCGCGGCCUCGCCGGGCUCCCACCGGCAGCAGGCCCGUGCCAUGGUGCUGGGGAUGCUGCUGGUCUUUGUGGUCUGUGUGGCCCCCUACCACCUGACGCUGGCCCCCUGGGUGGGGAGCCGGCCCCCCGCGCCGCUCUGUGGGCCCCCCGACACCCUGGAUGUGCUGCACACGCUGAGCGUGGCCCUGCUCAGCCUCAACAGCUGCCUGGACCCCGUCAUCUACUGCUUCUCCAUCCGGCGUUUCCGCGCUGACCUGCAGCGGACUCUGCGCAAGAUCGGCCGGUGCUUCCCGCUGCCCCCGCCGGCCCCGCCCGGGCCAGCGCCGGCCGCCCGAGCAUCCUCCUUCACCUCCUCCUAGCGGGGUGGGCACCAGGGGCCUGCCCCCGCCCGCCCCGGUGCCACAUUCCCGCUGGGACUGGUCCCGGUUGCCAGGUGAGGGAUCGGGAGCAGCGUGGGGGGAGCUCCGGCUUCGUGCGCUCCCCUCCUCCCACCCCGCUCUGCUCCCGGUGCAUUCCCACGCGCCCGCAGCUCCUGCUCCAGCACAGAUCCUGCCCCCCGCAUUGCAGGCACCGGGAGGGCGGCACUGGCACCGGGAGAGCGGCACUGGCACCGGGAGAAUGGCACUGGCACCGGGAGAGUGGCACUGGCACCGGGAGAGUGGCACUGGCACUGCGAGAGGGACUCGCCCAGCAACGGGAGCUGAGCCACAGCGGGGUGUGGGCAGGCAGAGCGGCGAGGGAUGCUCGGUGGUUGCUGUCCUCUCCCGGAGGUCUCCACGCAUUACCCAGGACCCCCAAGGCAUGGGCUGGGCUGCUGAGGGGGCUGUUUGAGGCGCCGUGGCCACUCCUGUCCUGCCAUGUCCCUAAGCCUCAUGCCUGCACCCCUCCUGCUCCUGGCCAGGAUU